GCUAUUACAUACGAUAUAACUUUUCAAUAAAUGCUUCUCUUUCCUCUCGUAUAAUCUUCCCUCGCUUCACUCAUUUUACACACUCACCUUCCUAUCUAUAUAAACCCUAUCUACUUCCCUUACUUCUCUCAAACUCUGUCUUCUUCUUUCUCUUUGCUCUGCUUUCUCUCUCUCUCUCUCUCUCUCUCUCUCUCUCUCUCUCUCUCUCUCUCUCUCUCUCUCUCUCUAAAGAAAGCAAAAUAUGACGGUGGUUAGAGAAUACGACCCGAGCAAAGACUUAGCCGGUGUGGAGGAUGUGGAGCGACGUUGCGAGGUUGGUCCAAGCGGCAAGCUUUCUCUCUUCACCGACCUUUUGGGUGACCCCAUUUGUAGGAUCCGACAUUCACCUUCUUAUCUUAUGUUGGUGGCUGAGAUGGGUACUGAGAAGAAGGAGAUAGUGGGCAUGAUUAGAGGUUGUAUCAAAACCGUUACAUGUGGCAAAAAACACGAUUUAAAUCACAAGUCCCAAAACGACACCGUUAAGCCUCUUUACACAAAACUCGCCUACGUUUUGGGCCUUCGUGUCUCUCCUACUCACAGGAGGCAAGGCAUAGCGUUUAAGCUGGUGAAGAUGAUGGAAGCAUGGUUCAUGCAGAACGGUGCAGAAUAUUCGUAUAUAGCAACUGAAAAUGAAAACCAAGCUUCGGUUAAUCUUUUCACCGGGAAAUGCGGUUACUCCGAGUUUCGUAAACCGUCGAUUUUGGUCAAUCCGGUUUACGCUCACAAAGUCAACGUCUCGCGUCGUGUCACAGUUAUUAAAUUGGACCCGGUUGAUGCAGAGUCGUUAUACCGACUCCGGUUCAGCACAACAGAGUUUUUCCCGCGAGAUAUUGAUUCGGUGCUGAAUAACAAACUCUCUCUAGGGACUUUCGUCGCGGUGCCACGUGACAGCUGUUACGGAUCCGGGUCUGGAUCAUGGCCCGGUUCGGCUAAGUUUCUUGAGUACCCGCCGGAGUCAUGGGCCGUGUUGAGCGUUUGGAACUGCAAAGACUCGUUCCGGUUAGAGGUCCGUGGUGCGUCGCUGUGGAGGCGUGCAAUGGCUAAAACGACUCGCGUGGUUGAUAAAACGCUGCCGUUUUUGAAACUCCCUUCGAUACCCUCUGUUUUUAAACCGUUUGGGCUUCAUUUUAUGUACGGGAUUGGAGGGGAAGGUCCACGUGCGGCGAAGAUGGUGAAGUCUCUGUGCGGACACGCUCACAAUCUGGCCAAGGGAGGAGGUUGCGGCGUUUUGGCGACGGAAGUCGCCGGAGAAGAGCCGUUGCGGCGAGGGAUACCACACUGGAAAGUGUUAUCGUGCGAAGAGGAUCUUUGGUGCAUUAAACGACUUGGAGAAGACUACAGUGACGGCGCUCUUGGUGAUUGGACCAAAUCUCCACCUGGCCCUUCUAUUUUUGUGGACCCUAGGGAGUUCUAAAGUUUUUUUAAAACGCUUGAUAAUAGUUUUAUUAAUCUUCCAGCAGUCCAUGUCAUAUUAGGAGUUGAUCUCUUUAAACUCUUUUAAGAUCUCUUGUUAGGUCUUUUUAGUUUUGUUUAUGUUAGUGUUGGUGUUAAAGUAGUGGUAAGAGGCAAUAUCUCCUACUUUUGGGUUUGUGUCUUCUUGUCUUGUCAAUGGAUCUAGCUUUAAGACAC